GAGGGGGGGGGGGAGGUCCGCCUGCUGCCGGGAGCCGACCGCGCUCAUCUUCCCCGACAUUUACCAGAUGGAUGCUGAGCUGUCGUUGAAGAGGAGGAGGAGGAGGAGGGGAUGAAACCGUCGCCUGGUGUGUGUGUGUGUGUGUGUGUGUUUUCGCUCAUAGCCUACUUAUGGGAGGCAGCGGCGGCUUGGCCCUUUCUUUAUUAUAGGAGAGAGAUCGCCGCGGGUUUUGCUAUGUGACGACCAGAUCGCCCCUACUCAUUUCUCGUUUGGCGAUUCCCCCGAGGAACAAACGAUGAACAACGCGCAAGAUAUGUCGCCCGAUUUCGUGUUGAUGCGCCUGGUUUCCGCGGCCGAGGACGACCGCCCGGACGCGGAAAACGGGAAUCUGCCGCCGGGAGGAGGAGUGGUGGUGGCGGGGAUGGGGAUGGGGAAGGGGAAGGGGAAGGAGGUCCUGGCUCGCGGCGGCGUCAAAGCGGGCUUGGACAUCAGCCGAGAUCUGACGGCGGGCCUCGAGCAUCCCGGCGGCCGCCUGAACAAAGCCCAGCAGAGCGGCGAGGGCACGGCCGCACCUGACUCCGGCGCGACGGAGAGCCGAGCCGCGCUGCCCGCGCCCGCUCCGCCGCAGAGCCCCAUGGAGGCCCAGGGCUUCGACUUUGGCCCCAGCCCCGGCCUGCGGCCUCAGCUGCUCGUCUUCUCCAACAUAAUGCGGAACGGGGAAGGGAUUUUGGAAUUAGACCGUCGGAAUCAGCCGAGGGAUGCUCUGGGCUUGGACCUGAGCCCGGGGUCGGCUCGCUCCGGCGCGGCUGUGAAUAACAACAGCCUGAGUCCCGGAGACGUGCAGCAGCAGCAGCAGCAGCAGCAGCAGCACCAGGACCUGCUGGAGCGGACGUGGGGGGCGCAUCCGCCGGUUGUAACCGCGGAGAUGCAGGAAGCUGCGGAGCUCUGCCACCGGCACCGACUCAUCGCCACCCCGCCCGAGUGGCCCCUGUUGUCGGACCGAGCCAACCCUCUGACGGUGCUCGACUCUAAGUGGGGGUGCGCCUCCAGGGACAGAGAGGGAGCCGUGUUCGAACUGGCCCGACGGUUCGGGGAGCUCGGGGUCGGCGCUGUGCCCAAGAUGCUGCUCAAAGCGGGGGAGCUCCCGCAGUGCUCGUGUCAGGGCGCGCACAGGCCGGCGGGAGCGCGAGUGGAGCCCGGGGACGACCCGACAGAGACCAGCGACGCUUUGUUGGUGCUGGAGGGCCUGGGGAGCGGGGAGGUGGCCGGCCUGGGCAUGGGCGAGUGCCCGGAGGCUGAGCCGGACGACGAGCACGGACGCCGCGAGUUUUUACUCAACAGGAAACGGGAGAUAGUCCAGAAAAUGUCGGGGGCAUUCUCCAUCAGCAGCUUCCAGGCGGAGCUGAGGAGGCAGGUGGAGGGGAUGGACCCGGCCGCGACCGAGGCGGCUGCAGCGGUGCACCUGGGCGCGCAGGUGUGCAGCCUCCACGGGGAUUUAUCCAGCCGGCUCUCGCAGGUAAGGUCCGGGCACUCGGAGGUCGUGGCCCAGGUUUCGGCCACCUCUCAGUCGCACACGCCGGUCCAGAGCUCGCCGUGGGCCACAAGCCCGAACCCGAGCCAGGCGUCCACCCCCAGAAGGCGGCCGGAGCGGUGCGCCAGCGCGCCGCGGACCCCCACGGGUCGGGCCUCGGGUGGAGAAAAGACGCUCAAGGUUCCGGUGAAGUCCAAAAAAGGCUCGUUAAAGAUCCGCCUGAGUAAACUGUUCCGGACUAAAAGCUGCAGCGGCUCCAGCCACCUGCUGGACAAGAGGCCCUCGGUGACCUACUCGGUGUCUUCUGCCGGGAGCCUGGUGGACAUGGCGAGCACCGCCGGCGCUGAGCAGGACGCAGACAGCCACAGCCAGCCCAGACUGACCAGGGCCCACAGUGCCUUCUCCCCCGCCUCCCUCGUUGCCUCCCUCUCUGCUUUCACCGGUGAGACGGUGUCCCUGGUGGACGUGGACAUCUCGCGGCGAGGGGCCAACACGCCGCACCCUCCCACGCCGCCCCCUCCUCCGCGCAGAAGUCUCAGUUUGUUAGAUGACAUAGCUGGGCCUCAGCCUGGGCCUUUCCUAGUGAGUGUAAUGGGCGCCUCCCUGCAGUCCCUCCCCCUGCCUCUCCCCCCUCCUCCUCCUCCCUCCCACGCCACCAUGCAGCACAGUCUCAGCCUCAAUGACGCCUUCCUUCGAGCCCUCCCUCAUUCGACCCCAUCGCCGGCUGACGCUCCGCCCCCUUCCAGACAUGCCCCGCCCCCAAUGUUGUGCGCGCUGCGGCGGUCGGAAGCCAGCAACUUCACCGCCAGCCUGAGAGAGCUGGAGAAGUGUGGCUGGUACUGGGGUCCCAUGAACUGGGAGGACGCCGAGAUGAAGCUGAAGGGGAAACCGGACGGAUCGUUCCUGGUCCGAGACAGCUCGGAUCCCCGGUACAUCCUGAGCCUGAGCUUCAGGUCGCAGGGGGUCACACACCACACGCGCAUGGAGCACUACCGAGGGACGUUCAGCCUGUGGUGUCACCCCAAGUUCGAGGACCGCUGCCACUCGGUGGUGGAGUUCAUCGAGCGAGCCAUCAUGCACUCCAAGAACGGCAAGUUCCUCUACUUCCUGCGCUCCAGGGUGCCAGGGCUUCCUCCCACCCCGGUUCAGCUGCUGUACCCGGUGUCUCGCUUCAGCAACGUGAAGUCACUGCAGCACCUCUGCCGCUUCUGCAUCCGACAGAUGGUCCGCAUCGACCACAUCCAGGAGCUUCCGCUGCCCAGACCGCUGAUCUCCUACCUGAGUAAGUUUUAUUACUACGACCCCGAGGAGGAGACGUACCUCUCAAUCAAGAGCAUCCGGAGGGUGGUGGGUGCAGCACAAGAGGCCGAGUCGCAGACGUAGCACCGGAGAUCUUCUCCGCUCAAGUUUCCGCAUGGAGGACGGAUCCGUGCCGGUCUGCCAGUCUUCCAGCAUCGGCCAAUCGGAGCGCCUGGAUGCUUCCGCGUCUCCAGCUGGACUCGGAAGGACCCGCCUCUCUCUUGACUCCGGACCGACCCAAAAGAGGGACGAGUGUUUGCGGCCGUGCGGCGGACAGACAGUCGAGGAGACAUCCAGGUGCGAGAGGACACGGGCCUCGUCUUCAGAGGGACUGCAGAGAUGUUCUCAGCUGCCAAACGUGUGUCGGUGUGAAACAAAAAGGAGGAUUUAUGAACUCAAUUUGCAAAAUCCCCCCCCCCCCCCGAAGCUACCGAACUGGACUUCUGAAACCCACAAUGCACUGGUCCAUUCGUACAAGUGUUGUUUGCUGCCGUUUCCUUGUUUUUCCUUUCCAUGCUGUGGAUCGAGCGUUGGUCCUCAGGAGGGAUACACACACAGAGGCAGGCCGGACGUGUUCAACAGGAGACCGAGUCACCAUGUUGGAGGACCUAGAAUCUCAUUUCUUCAGCGGAUUCCUUGUUUCUGCCCCGGAAAUAACAACGUUUUAACGUUAGCUACGACGCUGAUGCAUCUCGAAUGUAUAUUAGAUGUCUCGGACAUACAGAUUUGUUGGAAAUUCAAUUCAACCCUCAAUUUAAUUUCCCUGUUUUUGCUUGUUCUUCCCUUUCCUCGGGCAGUUUAGUUUGACAUGAAUAUUUAUUUAUAGCAUGAAGGGGCAUUUCGUUUCGUCCCUCUGAUGUCACGUUCCUCUGCUUCGGUCUCGUCCGUUUCUUGUAGCGACAGGGUCACAGAAACCUGACCUUGUGUUUUCCCACCUCUUCACCUCUUGAUGUCCCGCCUCCAACAUGGUGGAUUGUGCCUUUAGUUCAAAAACAUCUGACCUCCAGUUCAGAGUAAAAAAAAACAACAACAAAAAACCAGUUCGGUCAUUCUCGUUGUCAUGGCAACAACAAAAAGCAUCAGGUUCGUGUUCGGGGACGGUUUUAGAAAAUAUUUUGGAAUGUAGCACUGUAGUGAUUUCCUACAUUUCCCAGAAUCCCCCUUUGCAACCUGUUUGUAAAUCUCAUGAACAGCGUCUCGUACACAAUGCACCACGUGUCCUGCAGCUGCAAUGCAUUCUGGUCCAUUGAGGCUCACGCGCGACACCAAAGAGGAACCUUUAAACUGAGCAGAGCUGGUGUUGUAAAAGCAAACCGCUCAUUGGCAUCGAAGUCACCAAACAACAGCGAUUUGUCGCGGUGAUAAAAAGAAACUUUAUUUGCUAUGAUUGGUCCACUUUUAGUAGAAGUUAAAAGCUCCCCAAAUGUCUUAAAAUCAAACAGAAGAGAGUUUUGCAAAUACUGUUUUUUAGAAUGACAGCAUCGGGAAUCUGUGAGCCUCACAAUGCCUUGCCUCAGUGUGUGUAUCUGUGACUCAUCUUUACCUGUCAGUUUUAUUUGUUGAAAUCGCCCAGGUGUAUUUUUGCUGAAGCUACUGGCUCAGUGAUUUCAGUAUAAAAAAAGAAGAAAAAUAA